AUGUUGUUGAUAUCCAAUAGGCCAAAAGAUACGCGUGUUGUUCCCGAGCAUAUUAACUUAAAAGUAUUAGGACAAGAUAACGGUGCUGCCCACUUCAAAAUUAAGAUAUACACUCCGUUGAAAAAGUUAAUGAACGCGUAUUGUGAAAGAACUGGUCUUGCCAUGGCUACUGUCAGGUUUCGUUUUGAUGGACAGGCGAUUAGUGAAGCUGAUACUCCUUCAUCUCUUGAAAUGGAAGAAGGUGAUACAAUUGAAGUUUACCAACAACAGACUGGCGGCUGCUUUAAUUAUACUUACUACUAAUUCUACUUUUAUAUAUUUACUUAAAAAAAAAUUAUACUUUUAAGUUUAUAUUUUAUUUAUAAAGUUAUUCAUGUGCAUCAUUUUAGUGUCGCAAAUCCUAAGAACACCUUUUAUGUUACUGUGUUUAUCCAUUGUCUACUAAGUUGGUUGUAUUAAAAGUUAUAAUUAGACAAAUGUGUUAACAAUUAACACUACAUUAUCCAAAAAAUAAAUGGCAUCAUGAAAACAA